AUGUCUCGCCGCGGUGGAGGAAACCAUCCCGAUAAUCGCCGGAAUCAACCACCACAUUCUCAACAACCUUCCGUCAAUGCUGCAGGAUCAGGUCGUGGCGGUGGACGCGGCUCGCGCGGUGGACGCACCACCGCUCCUCCUCCGUCGUAUGCUUCGGCGCCGGUUACGCCUGCUCCAUUUGUUGCCGCGCCGGUCGUACGACCAUCUGUUGUAGCGCCGGUUGCUAAUCCGUCUGUUACGGCUCCCGUUGCUUCAUCGAGUUCGGCGCAGAAUCUCCCGUCGCCGGCGACGGUUUCCACUGAGACGUUGACUAGCGAUCUUAAACAGAAAGCUACUCUACAGUCGGCUCCAUCGUCUCAGAAGGCGGUUAGGUUUCCUAACCGACCUGAUUACGGUCGAUUGGGGAGAAAAAUUCAAGUUCGUGCUAAUCAUUUUCAGUUGCAAGUCGCUGAUAAGGAUAUACACCACUAUGAUGUUUCUAUUUCGCCAGAGAUCAUUUCUAAGAAAGUUUGCAGAGAUAUUAUCAACCUGUUAGUGAAGAUGUAUCUGGAAUCCCAGUUAGACAACCGCAUACCUGCUUACGAUGGGAGAAAAAGCUUAUUUACUGCUGGGGCGUUACCUUUUAACUCCAAGGUUUUUGUGGUUAACUUGACUGAUGAAAAUAGAGGAUCCUCUUCUGAGGCUGAUAGGAAAAAGCGUGAGCGGGAGUUUAAGCUGGACUGUCCUUAUGAAACCAUUCAAGCUCUCGACAUUGCUUUGAGGGCAACUCCUUCUGAAAAGUAUAUUGUUGCUGGGAGAUCUUUCUUCUCUCCGAGUUUAGGGCAGCCAGGUCCUCUUGGUGGUGGGAUUGAGUAUUAUAGAGGCUUUUAUCAAAGCAUUAGGCCAACCCAAAUGGGGCUUUCUCUUAACAUAGAUGUAUCUUCAAGAGCUUUUUAUGAACCUAUUCUUGUCACUGAAUUUGUUAAGAAACAUUUUAAUUUGAAUUUUACAAGGCCACUUUCUGAUCAAGAUCGUGUCAAGAUCAAGAAAGCCUUGAGAGGUGUUAAGGUAAAACUAUCUCAUAGUGGGAAAAUAAGGAGUUGCAAGGUAACUGGUAUCUCGAGAGAGCCACUCAGAGACCUAACGUUUAUGCUCGAAGACAAUGCGAGUAGGAAAAAAGUUAUUGAUUAUUUCCAUGAGAAAUACAAUAUUGUGUUAAAGCAUCCACUUCUUCCCGCUCUCCAAGCUGGACCUGACUCGAGACCUACGUAUUUUCCAAUGGAGGUUUUCUUCUUUCUUUGUCAAAUUGAACCUGGACAGAGAUACUCCAAAAGAUUGAAUGAAGAACAAGUAACUGCUCUUUUAAGGGCUACUUGUCAGCGUCCUGAUGAGAGGCGGGAGGAUAUUAAACAUAUUGUGAAGCAACACCAUUUCAACACUGACAAGGUUGCGGAAGAAUUUGGCAUAAAUGUUAGGGAAGAGCUCGCCCUUGUUGAUGCUCGGGUUUUGCCUCCUCCGACGCUAAAAUAUCAUGGAAGUGGAAGUGAAUCAAAAAUUGACCCUCGAAUGGGUCAAUGGAAUAUGAUUAAUAAGAGAAUGGUUGAUGCUGGCAAAGUGCAAUUUUGGACUUGCGUUUGCUUUUCAAGAAUGGACCCAACUCGAUUUUGUGCCGAAUUGGUUAAAAUGUGUCGAAGCAGGGGAAUGACUUUCAACCCAGAUCCUUUGGUACCAAUAUUCCCAGGGAAUCCAAAUCAAAUUGAGAGAGAGCUUGUUGAACUUAACAAGAAGUGCAAGGCAACACUUGAUGGAACAAAGCAGGAGGGAAGACUGCAAUUGUUGAUCAUAAUUUUGCCUGAUUUUAAGGGUAAAUCAUAUGAUAAAAUAAAGCGUGUAUGUGAGACUGAAUUGGGAAUAAUUUCCCAAUGUUGUCAACCAAAACAAGCGGCAAAAAUGAAUAAACAAUAUCUUGAAAAUUUGUCGCUAAAGAUUAAUGUUAAGUCUGGAGGUCGUAAUACCGUGUUGAAUGAUGCAUUUGAGAAAAGAAUUCCUCUUGUAACCGAUAUGCCAACAAUAAUAUUUGGUGCUGAUGUAACACAUCCUCAGCCGGGAGAAGACUCAACUCCUUCUAUAGCUGCAGUUGUGGCAUCAAUGGACUGGCCUUGGGUCACAAGAUACAGAGGAAUUGUUUCUGCCCAGAUUCAUCGCGAGGAGAUAAUUCAAGAUCUUUUUAAAACAACAGUGCAUCCUCAGAAGGGAGUUCAGCCUGCUGGCAUGAUAAGGGAGUUAAUCUUGGCUUUCCAUAAAUCAACUGGGCUUAAGCCUGGGAGGAUUAUAUUUUACAGAGACGGAGUUAGUGAAGGCCAGUUCAGUCAGGUUUUGCUUUAUGAGAUGGAUGCAAUUAGGAAGGCUUGUAGCUCUAUACAGGAUGGGUAUCUACCUAAAGUUACCUUUGUAGUGGUCCAAAAGAGACAUCACACUCGUCUCUUUCCUGUCAACAACAAUGAGACAGAUAGAAGUGGAAAUAUUAUGCCAGGAACUGUGGUAGACACCAGCAUUUGCCACCCUAGGGAAUUUGAUUUUUAUCUCAACAGCCAUGCUGGAAUUCAAGGGACUAGUCGACCAACGCAUUACCAUGUGCUGUAUGAUGAAAAUAGAUUCAGUGCAGAUCAGCUACAAAGUUUUACUAAUAACUUAUGCUACACUUAUGCAAGGUGUACUCGAUCUGUCUCAAUAGUUCCUCCUGCUUAUUAUGCACACUUGUUAGCUUUCCGUGCUAGAUCCUACUUCAGUGAAGUUGAGAAUUCCGAUUCUGGUUCUGCAAGUGGUAUAAGGAGUACCACCAACUUUGUGGCGACCCUGCCAUCUAUCUUGGAUAACGUCAAAAACGUUAUGUUUUACUGUUGA